AUGCCGUCCCCACGGCCGAGGCCCGAAGAUUUCGACUCGCAAGACGACUUGAGUGAUUUUUUUCUCGAGUCCGAUUCUUCCGGGCUUUUCCCGGGCCUUUCCGCGGAGCCCGACUCGACAUCCGAGCCGGACCUCGACCAUCCGCCGCCAAUCAUGACAAAACCGGUUACCGGGCCGAGGAGGAAUGUAGGCCCGGCCCGAAAGUCAUUCUCCCGGGCCGUAGGGGUGAAGGUGAAGUUCCGUGGGAACGGGCCGAGAACGGGAACGAAAGUCAACCGAAGAGGGAGUAAGGGCCCGAACAGGGUUGGGGAAAACCGGCCCGGCCCGUUUUACGCCGAGAGUCUAGCGAUCGUGAAGGCCUCGGUCGACCCAGAACGGGACUUCCGGGAGUCGAUGGUGGAGAUGAUUAUGGAGAAUAAUAUAUGGGCUUCGAAGGACCUCGAGGAUCUUCUCGCGUGUUACCUCUCGUUGAACUCGAAUCGGUAUCACGGGCUGAUUAUUCGGGCCUUCGAGCAAAUAUGGUUCGGGCUCAUGUCUGAUCAUCAGCAGGAUUUUUAG